GGUCCUCCCGGUACACGUUCUCCUGCGAGCCCCUGGGGGCGCGCACCCGAUCGUGAGGAAAGUACUGCCGAAAACCGGCAGUUGUUAGAGCAGGAAUUGGCACCGAUCAUUAGGGCACUGAUGAUCAGUGCCCUGAUGAUCGGUGCCCAGCAGUGCCACCCACAAGUUCCGCCUACCUGUGCCCAGCAGUGUGCCUACUAACUCCGCCCACCUGUGCACCCACCUGUGCCCAGCAGUGCACCCACUAGCUCCGCCCACCUGUGCUCAACAGUGCACCCACCUGUGCCACCCAGCAGUGCCCAGAAGUGCCACCCACCUGUGCCCAGAAGUGCC